AUGACGCCUUUCUUACUGUAUGCGCUGGCUAUAUUACAUGUGAUCGUAUUCGCUUGGGCGCUCCGCGGCGGCGUGUCGCCGCCGCAAUCGGCGUUCUUACCGUUAGUAACUGUGCCCGAGCGCAGGUUACGCCCUGUGUCUUCUCACCCGUUCGACGACGCGGAGGUACGUGCUGUGAAUCCACCAGUACCUCCUCCUCCACCUCGUAUACCAGCGGAGUAUGUGAUGGACGAUGUCCUCUCAAGUUAUCGCUAUUCUAACAUUGGGUCGUUUCCCGGAGAGUGCCGCCAUAUAGCUUCGCUACCGUACGUGGAUGUGAGAUACCAGGACAAAGGGUCACUGGUCCCGUUUCGGGACGUCGGUGAGAUAGUAUCAUGUUACAGCAACAAAUUGAACACGUUGCUUAGUAAUUUUGACGAGUGGACUGCUGCUUAUAACCCGGAGCGUAAAGGUCUACGUGAUCUGUCCCUGUACAAUCCUUUGAGUAGCAAUAGCUACUAUGCCGUCGUUUUCUAUUGUGCAUGGCAAAGCGAGUCGAUAGCUCUGAAACGCGCGAUCCAUCAGCUUACGGGGCGUUAUUCGUUUUUACGUGACCCUGCUGUGGUUUAUGGCCCGAAGCCAAGGGAGCGCCUAGAGGAUCUGCUUGCCAAGUUGGAUGAGUGGGAACGCCGCCAUGCGCAGAUGAUAGAAGAUGCUCGAUCUAAGGGCUUACCAGAUCCUCCCGCUCCACCGCUGGUGGAACGUGAGCGUGUGACAAUGAGAAUGCGUUCGUUUAACGGUCCUGAGACUGCCAAGAUUUUGGACAGGUUACAUUCUCGUUACAAUUUCCGCUGGUGGAUGCCACAUGUGGGCCAACUAAAGUAUAACAAGGUAUUCUGCAGAGCUUACAACGAACUUUACAACACAAGCUACAAACGUGUACGUUCAGACCAGACUCGUCUGGCCUACAAGUUGCGCAACACCGGCCGUCAGGUGGAGGACAACGCUUUACCUGCUGGGAAUACCAAUGGACUUACCCGUAUCAACUUUAUAUUGGUGCGUUUGGCUAACUCUGUGAUGUUAUCUAAUUCACGUCGUGGUCUGCAGCGUAUGCGCAGUGCGGCACAUGGUCAUGAGAAGGAGAUGCAUUUCAACGAAAUAGUAAUGCGUCUGCUCUUGGAUAUCGGUGUACUAUACAAAGACAUGCCAGCUAUUCGUUUAUUCAAGUGUACAAAUCCUGUGGAUGAUAUACCUUCUGUGGCUUUACGCAAGAGCCAUAAGAAACGGCCUUUAGACCCUUACACACCAUUCUAUCACCCAGAUCCGUUCCGUAUAGCUCGGAAUACGUUAUACGGCAUACCGCUACUGCGUAAAUGCAGCCAUCUGGCAAUCCCUUCAGAUUUCGCAUUCAUAGGCGGUAUCGCUGGAUUGUCAAAUCUGGGUGACCCUCCGAUGGCUCCGGAGCUGCUGGAGAGCACCAAUGACACAUAUCUGGGUGAUUUCCGCCGUCUAUUGGCUCCGGCGGAUAAGUCAUGCGCCAUGACUUCCGACGACUUGGAACGUUUGGAUCCAAUAUUUGCAACCCUUGAGUUGAUGUAUAAACUAAACCUGCGGCAGAUCAUCGACGCCCGGCCGGUGCCUGUGACAUACGGCUACUUUAACCCCUAA